GCCUUCGCCAGCAGGACCUCUGGCGGGCGGGUGUCUUCCCAGACGCGCAGCAGACCCAGCCUGCUAAAGGGUGGAACUGAAGCCCCCCAGCCCAGCCGGGACCCCCUGCUGAGGUCUCCAGGACAUCAAGCAGGACAUGCUGUGCCGGUGCUCCCCGCUGCUCCUCCUGGUGGGCCUGCUCACCCUCCGGUCCGCCCUCUCCCAGGAGUGUGCCAAGUACAAGGUCAGCACCUGCCGGGACUGCAUUGAGUCGGGACCCGGCUGUGCCUGGUGCCAGAAGCUGAACUUCUCUGGGCAAGGGGAGCCCGACUCCGUCCGCUGUGACACGCGGGAGCAGCUGCUUGCAAAGGGCUGUGUCGCGGAUGACAUCGUGGAUCCCAGGAGCCUGGCCGAGACCCAGGAGGACCAGGCAGGGGGCCAGAAGCAGCUGUCCCCACAGAAAGUGACACUCUACCUGAGACCAGGUCAGGCGGCCACGUUCAACGUGACCUUCCGGCGCGCCAAGGGCUACCCCAUCGACCUGUACUACCUGAUGGACCUGUCCUACUCCAUGCUCGACGACCUCAUCAACGUGAAGAAGCUGGGGGGCGACCUGCUCAGGGCUCUCAACGAGAUCACCGAGUCUGGCCGCAUCGGCUUUGGGUCUUUCGUGGACAAGACGGUGCUUCCCUUCGUCAACACGCACCCCGAGAAGCUGCGGAACCCCUGCCCCAACAAAGAGAAGGAAUGCCAGGCCCCGUUCGCCUUCCGGCACGUGCUCAAGCUCACGGACAACUCCAACCAGUUCCAGACGGAGGUCGGCAAGCAGCUGAUCUCGGGGAACCUGGACGCCCCCGAGGGCGGGCUGGAUGCCAUGAUGCAGGUGGCCGCGUGCCCGGAGGAGAUCGGCUGGCGCAACGUCACCAGGCUGCUGGUGUUCGCCACGGACGAUGGCUUCCACUUUGCGGGCGACGGGAAGCUGGGCGCCAUCCUGACCCCCAACGACGGCCGCUGCCACCUGGAAGACAACUUAUACAAAAGCAGCAAUGAAUUCGACUACCCAUCAGUGGGACAGCUGGCACACAAACUGGCCGAGAGCAACAUCCAGCCCAUCUUUGCCGUGACCAAGAAAAUGGUGAAAACGUAUGAGAAGCUCACAGACAUCAUCCCCAAGUCCGCCGUCGGGGAGCUGUCGGAGGAUUCCAGCAACGUGGUCCAGCUCAUUAAGAACGCCUACAAUAAACUGUCCUCCAGAGUGUUUUUGGAUCACAACGCCCUCCCUGACACCCUGAAGGUCACGUACGACUCCUUCUGCAGCAACGGGGUGUCGCAGGUGAACCAGCCCAGAGGGGACUGCGACGGCGUCCAGAUCAACGUCCCGAUCACCUUCCAGGUGAAGGUCACCGCCUCCGAGUGCAUCCAGGAGCAGUCGUUCGUCAUCCGGGCGCUGGGCUUCACCGACACGGUGACCGUGCGGGUGCUCCCCCAGUGUGAGUGCCGCUGCGGGGACAGCAGCAAGGAGCGCAGCCUCUGCGGCAACAAGGGCUCCAUGGAGUGCGGGGUCUGCAGGUGCGAUGCCGGCUACAUCGGGAAGCACUGCGAGUGCCAGACGCAGGGCCGGAGCAGCCAGGAGCUGGAAGGAAGCUGCCGCAAGGACAACAGCUCCAUCAUCUGCUCGGGGCUGGGCGACUGCAUCUGCGGGCAGUGCGUGUGCCACACGAGCGACGUGCCCAACAAGAAGAUUUACGGCCAGUUCUGCGAGUGUGACAACAUGAACUGCGAGCGCUUCGAUGGCCAAGUCUGCGGGGGCGAGAAGCGGGGCCUCUGCUUCUGCGGCACCUGCAGGUGCCAAGAAGGCUUCGAGGGCUCGGCGUGCCAGUGCCUCAAGUCCACGCAGGGCUGCCUCAACCUGCAGGGCGUCGAGUGCAGCGGCCGCGGCCGGUGCCGCUGCAACGUGUGCCAGUGUGACUUUGGCUACCAGCCGCCCCUGUGCACCGACUGCCCCAGCUGCCAGGUGCCCUGCGCCCGCUACGCCAAAUGCGCCGAGUGCCUGAAGUUCGACACCGGCCCCUUCGCCAAAAACUGCAGCGCGGAGUGCGGGACCACCAAGCUGCUGCCCAGCCGGAUGUCGGGCCGCAAGUGCAAUGAGCGGGACUCCGAGGGCUGCUGGAUGACCUACUUCCUGGUGCAGCGCGACGGCCGGGACAACUACGACCUGCACGUGGAGGAGACGCGCGAGUGUGUGAAAGGCCCCAACAUCGCCGCCAUCGUGGGGGGCACCGUGGGGGGAGUCGUGCUCGUGGGCAUCUUCCUGCUGGCCAUCUGGAAGGUCCUGACCCACCUGAGUGACCUCAGGGAGUACAAGCGCUUCGAGAAGGAGAAGCUCAAGUCCCAGUGGAACAACGAUAACCCCCUUUUCAAGAGCGCCACCACGACAGUUAUGAACCCCAAGUUUGCUGAGCGCUAGGGGUGCUUGGUGAAGACAAGGCCUUCUGCUCCGCCCAGACGGGGCCGCCUCCCCUCCAGCAGGCUGACCGUGACCCUGCCUGGCGGACCCAGCUGACGCCCCCCCACCCCGACCCCCUCAACAUCAGCUGAAAACCUGCUCUUUUCCCUGCGCCCCAAAUGACGGAUCUGUUCAGAUGCUUCAAUGGACUCAUCGGAAGGGACAAUCUCCCGCUUCUGAGAGGUGUGACUUCUGGUAGCCACUUGAAAAAGGACUCGCUUGUGUCUCGUAAGGUCAGACACCUGUCUUCCUUUGUAAAAAUUAGCACAGCAGUCAGAUGGAUGGAGAUUCCGAUUUAUUUAUAUGUGAACUUAUAGGGAAUAGAAUUGCAUUCCUGUGAUUAUGCUGUUUCCAAUCAUGUGCACGGAAAAAAAUCGAAUAAAUCUGCAGAGGCUCGCUGGGGGCUGGGCUCUGCGCCCCAUCUCAGCUGUGCCCACACUCCC